AUGUCGGUUCUUGUUAAUGGUAGUCCCACAAAAGAGUUUUUGGUGGAACGGGGUCUUCGGCAAGGUGAUCCAUUAUCUCCUUUUCUCUUUGUGAUUGUCGCGGAAGGUCUUAAAGCUAUGGUUAAUAAGGCGGUGGAAAAUGGGGAUUUUGUUGGUUUUAGUGUUAAAGGCAAGUGUUUUAUUGAUGUGCUUCAAUUCGCGGAUGACACCUUAUUGGUAGGAGAUGGUAGUUGGAAGAACUUAUGGGCCAUUAAAGCGGUGUUGAAAGGUGGUAACCCUAAGAGGAUUGCUUUUUGGAAUCCUUUGGUGGAUAACGUUAGGAAGAGGUUGAGCACUUGGAAAGGGAGGUGGCUAAGUUUUGGGGGUAGAAUGACUCUCUUGAAAUCGGUGCUUGGUAGUUUACCCAUUUUUACCCUUUCUUUUUAUUUGGCCCCUAAAAAGGUGGUGAGGGAGAUUAAUAGAAUUCAAAGUCAUUUUCUUUGGGGAGGGGUGGAGGAGAAGAAAUGUAUUCAUUGGGUGCGAUGGGAGGAUGUUUGUACUCCGAUUGAUAAAGGAGGUUUGGGUUUGAAGAAUCUUGAAGUUUUCAACAUAGCAAUUCUUUGUAAGUGGAAGUGGAGAAUUUUGGAGGAAUCUAAUUCUUUUUGGUAUAGGAUGCUUAAAGCUCGCUAUGGGGACAUAAAGCUUAGGAUGUUUUUAGAAGGAGGAAAAAGGGAUAAGUAUACUUCGAAAUCGGAUUGGUGGUCGGAUAUCUUGUCUUUGGAUAAAAAGUUAUCCGGGGACUUUUUUACGAAUAAUGAUGUUUCCGUUGCUUGA